AUGGAGAAACUACCAGCUUCGUUGCCGUGGGAUUAUGCCCUACACCUCAGUUGUUACUAUCACAACCACUGUGGUCCGUCACCUACCCCUUCUGACUGUGCACUCGGUCAGUCUCGUGGCCCAAUCCGCUUAUUUACCGAUGAGAUCGAGGAGUAUCCCCAUGAGUCUAUCGAAGAGCUAUGUCAAUCUUACCUCGAUGAGAAGGGCUACCUUCGCUUCGGAGGAGCAUGCGCUAAUGCUAAUGUUCUACAAACCUCUGGUGCUACUGAGCUAUUAAAACCAGGUACCAAGAUUACGUGGAAGAAGAAUUUGGAGAUUCGUGAAGCCGUCGUAUGUACUCCUCCUUCUGGGCUACAACCGUCCGGCUAUGACUCUGACUCCCCUCCAUUACAUGAUUACAUGAUUACAUGGUAUCUAUAUCCCAACUUCCGUACUUGUUGGAUAAAAUAUCUAGACAACGACACCAAGGAGGUGAAGAGAGUUCCUAUAUCUCAGAUAUCACUGAGGAGGGAGGAUAUCACCUUGGUUGAUCAACCACUACACUCAUUACCAGGAUCCAUUGGUGGUCUCCGUAAGGAUGAGUUCAUCGUGGUGAAUGUCGGUGCUGAUCCACCUUGUACUCGCAAAAAUUCUGGCUGUUGGUCCUACCUGGGUUGA